AGAAUCAGAACUCCCUGUCUGAGCUCCGAACGAUCAAACUAUUCUCUCUCCAAAACGAAAACCUUCAAGCUCUGAUCUGAAAGACAAAUGGAGGAAACGAAGAAGGAGAUAAAGAAGCCAAGGUUUUGGUUUUGGAGAUGGGCAUUGGCAUCUCUCCUCUUCAGACUAAUUCUCAUUUACUUCCCCAAAAAUCUCAACCUAUCCUCUCGUCCCGAAGUCUCCACUCCUCUCACCAGCCUCCGCCGCCUGGCGGAAGGUUACUGGUUAAAGCAGUCAUCUAUGUCGCCCUAUACUGGUUCUAUGUACCAUGGAUCUCCUCUUUUGUUGUCAAUCCUCGGUCCUCUUACUGUUAAACGAAUCGAAGGGCAACCCAGUCAUCUUAUAUGCAGAUUUUGCCACUGCACUGCUAAUUCGUGCAACUGGCCAUAAUCUUCAAUUGGCAUAUAGUCAGAGUUUGAAAUCACUGGAUCUUGGUAGACUGUUAGAAAAUUCAGAAAUUCUAUCCUCUGGGGAUAUUGCUGCUCUCAUGUACUUAUGGAAUCCUUUCACCAUCGUCACAUGUGUUGGUUUCAACACAUCCCCCAUUGAAAAUCUGGGCAUCAUCCUGUCAAUAUAUGGAGCAUGUACACGACUAGUUCCAUUAGCAGCUUUUGGAUGGGUCAUAGCAUCACAUUUGUCUCUUUAUCCUGUAAUUUUGAUAAUUCCGGUGAUUCUUUUACUGGGAUAUGGUCCAGAUGCUCCUCCGAGGAAAUUGUUCAUGCAAAAGAAUUCCACUAAAAUUCAAGAUAACCUCGCAAGUGAUAGCUUUUCCAAGCAAAAGGGAUUGACAAGUCAACCAGCGCAACCGACUUCUUUUUCAUGGCGACUAGUGCUGUUUUUUCUUUUGUGGGCAUCUGUAUGGACAUUCUAUGUCUUAGUUCUGUGUGGCAUUUCUGUAACAGAGCAUGGUGGUCUUUUGGAGAUGUUUAAGAGAACAUAUGGGUUUAUUCUCACUGUGAAAGAUUUGUCUCCAAACAUAGGUGUCUUAUGGUACUUCUUUGCAGAGGUUUUUGAUUUUUUCAGAAAUUUCUUUCUGAUAGUUUUCCAUGUAAAUAUUCUAUUCAUGAUAUUGCCGUUGGCCAUACGUCUAAACCACCGGCCUUGCUUUCUGGCUUUUGUGUACAUUGGCAUCUCUUCAAUGCUUAAAUCCUAUCCUUCAGUUGGGGACUCAGCCCUGUAUUUGGGUUUGUUGGGCUUGUUUGUCAACGAACUAGCAGAUAUGCAAUUCUCCUUUUUCCUCUUUUGUGGAUGCUUGGGGGUGUCUCUCCUCAGUCCAGUGAUGCACAACCUGUGGAUAUGGAGAGGGACUGGCAAUGCAAACUUCUACUUUGCAACUGCAAUAGCGUAUGCUUGCUUCCAGAUUAUUUUGGUGGUCGAGAGUGUUAGUUCAAUGCUCAACCAUGACAGGAAGAUUAGGAAGCUAUCCACUCCAAAGGCUUGAGAUGGGAGGUGUUAUAUAAUGUUAAUCCUUUCAAAGGUGGUUUUUUGCAAUGACACUGCAUUGGCUGCUGAACCAGCAUCUUUCGCUGCGUCAUAGAUAUGUCACAGCACCAUAAUGUGGGUUAGUUUGGUGUCACCAUUAUCUGCAGAUUAAAUUACGUUCCAUCUUUUCAAGGGAAGAAGUUUACACGAUGGCCCCUUGAAAUAUAUUUUUCACCAGAGAACAUUAACACAGUUGACCUUUAUCUUUGAUCUUCUCCCGGAUGUGUUGUCGACGUGGCAUUACCAAGGAUCCUACUUCAGAAAACCAGUUCUUGGUUUUUCUAUGAGGUAACUGAGUGUACUGAUUUGUUUUACUUGUACAUCAUAGAAGAUAAUUGCCCUGUUUAGAAUUGGUCGCAUGGUGAGCAAUUUCAGUUUUCAUGGCUCGAUUGAACAUAGAACAUAAUGGUUUUGAUGUCCUCUCAAUUGAUGCUACUCCAAAACCCAAGUAGCCACUGCUGAUAUGUCUAAAACCGUGUGCAGGAAUACUUGACUGUAAUUCACUUCUUUUGUCGUAUCAUAUGCUGUCUUUGGCUUGGUAA